AUGUCACAUGAUGCUACCAGACGUUCCAAGAGACCUAAGACAGCCUUUUCGUCGGAUCAACGGUCAAACCAUCAACCUCACUCGAGCAAUGAUCUUAAUGACGAUGACUACUUUCCAGAGGAAACUUGGAUGGAGGCACCUGCUGAGGCUGCUUCCAUGAGUAACACCAUCGUCGAUACAACUGGCAAAGAAAGAUUUCGUGCGCCAGUUGCGAGCAUGAUUUCUAGAACUCGAAACGAACCCGCAGACUCAAUAACCGUCAAUGCAUACAACCCUUUAAACCUCAAUGACGGGCAGACUCAUCGCACCUCGAAUUCGCAAGCGAUGGGCCCUCCUGCGGCAGAUUCAAUCGCACAGUCUCCUCCACUGUUGUCUCAACUAUCUCCGCAGGCAGAGAGCCUGCCAAAGCUUUCUCAUGAUGGUCUUCCUCGCAAUGGGGAAAACGAAGAGACAAUCGUAGUUAUCGAACCGCACGGACCUUCUAUUGCAUCAAUUCAAGAAACAAAUAGGCCUGCUCCUUCGGCACUCGAGAACCAACCUGACCUCAAUUCUCCACCAAUCCUAGCCGCACCUCCUGUCACUGCCCCUUCUACCAGCACUACAAACCACACUCCGACUCUCCGCAAACCACGUCUUGUCUACUUGCUUUUCAAGCAAGCAAAUGUUCCCGACGACGUUUCCAACGCCCUCCCUCGGAAAACAUUGAAAGGCUUGACGUUGCCCGGAUUCUUCGAACUGCUUUCUAGAAAGCAUCCGCAGGUGUACCGUGUAUGGCUCCGCUCCCUACAUCAUCUUGCCAUGUAA